AUGACACACGACAGCCGAGGGACAACGAGUGAAGGGGAGAAGGAGCCACGAACAGCGCCCACUGCAAUUGUGUUAGCCUCCACACCCCACGCAAUUCAAGAAAAUCGGUGCCGUCGCAGUACCGGCUCUACGAUAAACAGAAAAAGAAGAUUCAGUGAAGUUGGGGACGGUGGGAGCGCUGCAUGUCCCAUCCUUGUGGAGCGCCAGCUUAGCUUUGAGACAGACGACGUUGCCGUCGCCCACACACCUUCAGAGCAGUCGACGCGGCGGCUGCUUGACGGCACUGUUGAGUCGGAUCAGACUCGACAAAAGCCUCCACCAGGGUGGGGGAGGGAAGCCGCACGUUACUUUGACAU